AUCGGAUUUUUGACUUUAGCAUGAGUUAUGAACAAGCUGAAACAAUCACUCUUAACUUCUCAUCCCAUUAAGUUAAUUAAGUCUCUUGUUAGCAUCCUCUCUUCUCAAAAUGCACACCCUGAAGUCGGUUUAAGCAACUCCUCCACUUUCACCACUCUGCUAAAAUCAUGCAUUUCUCUAAACCUCUUUUCAUUGGGCCUGUCAUUACACCAGCAAAUCAUCGUUAAUGGGUUCUCUUUGGAUCCUUAUAUUUCUUCUUCGUUGAUCAACUUCUACGCAAAAUUUGGUCACACAAAAAGCGCGCGGAAGGUGUUUGACUUAAUGCCUCUUAGAGAUGUGGUUGCUUGGACUGCCAUCAUUGGCUGUUACUCACGUGCUGGUGACGUUAACAUGUCGUUUUGUAUGUUUAAUGAAAUGAGAAUUGAUGGGAUUGAACCUAGUGUGGUGACUUUGUUAGGGAUGGUGUGUGGUGUUUUGGAGCUUAAACAUGUGAAGUGCUUGCAUUGUUGUGUGGUUUUGUAUGGUUUUGAGAUCGAUAUAGCUCUGGUUAAUUCUAUGAUCAAUAUGUAUGGUAAAUGCGGGAGUGUUUAUGAUGCAAGGGACUUGUUUGAAAUGAUGGAUAAAAGGGAUUCAAUUUCAUGGAAUUCGUUGAUUUCGGGGUAUGCUCAAGUUGGUAAUGUUAGAGAAAUAUUGCGGCUUUUGUAUAGAAUGAGGAUUGAAGGUGUAGAUCCUGAGCAGCAGACAUUUGGGUCUCUUGUGUCUGCUAAUGUAAUAGAGAAUGAUCUUGAAUUGGGGAAGUUGGUGCAUGGACUGAUUUUAAGAGCAGGGUUUAACAUGGAUGCACAUGUUGCAACGUCACUUAUAAUUAUGUAUUUGAAAUGUGGGAAUGUCAAUGUUGCAUUUCGAAUUUUUGAGCAGACACCAGACAAGGAUGUUGUUUUAUGGACUGCAAUGAUAUCGGGGCUUGUUCAGAAUGAUUGUGCUGACAAGGCACUGUUAAUCUUCUGUGAAAUGUUAAAGUCAAGAAUGGAGCCAUCUAGUGCCACAAUAGGUAGUGCUCUUUCAGCUUGUGCACAAUUGGGUUCCUUGGAUUUUGGGACCUCCAUUCAUGGAUACAUAAUAAGGCAAGAGAUGACACUGGACAUCCCUGCCCAAAACUCUCUUGUCACCAUGUAUGCAAAAUGUGGUCAAUUGGAGCAGAGUUGUGCCGUUUUUUAUAGGAUGGGUGAAAGAGAUUUGGUUUCAUGGAAUGCAAUAAUAGCUGGAUAUGCUCAGAACUGCGAUUUGCCCAAGGCUUUCUUCCUCUUUACUGAAAUGAGGGCAGCCCUUCAAAGACCUGACUCAAUUACAGUUGUUUCCCUCUUCCAAGCUUGUGCUUCCAUUGGGGCACUUCAGCAGGGAAAGUGGGUCCACAAUGUUGUGAUCAGGAGUUGCCUAAGACCAUACAUCUUGGUUGAUACAGCUCUGGUUGAUAUGUACUGCAAAUGCGGUGACUUAGAUGCUGCUCAAAAGUGUUUUGAUGGGAUGUCGCAACAUGAUCUGGUUUCAUGGAGCUCAAUCAUAGCCGGAUAUGGUUCCCAUGGCAGAGGGGAGAUUGCUUUGAGGAUGUAUGAAGAGUUUCUUCACACUGGUUCUGAACCAAACCAUGUGAUGUUCCUUGCAGUCCUCUCUGCAUGUAGUCAUAAGGGCUUUGUCCAGCAGGGUCUGAGCAUAUUCCAAUCAAUGACUAGAGAUUUUGGGGUUGAACCGAAACUUGAACAUUGUGCAUGCAUCCUUGACAUCCUCUGUCGAGCUGGUAGGGUUGAGGAAGCGUAUGACUUAUAUAAGGGGAAUUUCUCAGACACUUCAGUAGAUGUUUUAGGCAUACUCCUUGAUGCUUGUCGGGCCACUGGUAACUGGGAACUUGGUAAAAUCAUUGCCAAUGAUGUUCUCAGGUUGAAGCCUACAGAUGCUGGAAACUAUGUUCAACUAGCACAUUGCUAUGCUUCACUGGAUAGAUGGGAUGGAGUGGGUGAGGCAUGGACCUUAAUGAGGUCUCUGGGCCUGAGAAAACUCCCCGGUUGGAGUUUUAUCGAAUUACAUGGGGUGAUAACAACAUUUUUUAUGGAUCAUAGUUCCCAUCCCCAGUUUGAAGAACUAGUAUUUGUAUUGAAAACCUUGAAUAAGGAAAUGAGGAAAAUGGCUAUCCAUUCCAACAUCAGUUAAUUUGAGAUAUAUCCUGAAAAUUCUUUAUGUUAGAGAUUAUGUAAGAGAGGCAUACAACUCUUAAAUAGGAGGUUCGUGACUAUCAGCUUCCCCAGCCUACAUGAUUACUUUGGGCUUCUGAUCAAGACUGAAACACAGGGAACCAAAACACUUGAUAGGUCACAUUCUUUCUAACAUUCAAGUCUUUUGGGUUACAGCAUAAGUUAGCUGAAAUCAAGAGUAAUUAUCACGACCUUGUUCAAAUCAAAAGUGUUUGAACGAAAGGCUGAUCGGGAGAAAUAAUAAAGGCAAAACAGAAAAGGCACAGGAUCUUCCCUUGGUAAUUCUUUUUAUGUGAAUCACUCUUGUAUUGUAUAAGAAAAUGUCUUGCACGUUACACACCUAUCUCUGUACUUUAAACUUUAUAUA